AUGACGAUCCUGAGCAAACACAGCAUAGCGUAUGCACCGCCCAUCGCCACCUCGUCCUCGAAUCUGUUGGAAUCGAAUCCCCUCGCCCCGCCGUCAUCACGGCCUGUUCCCCACGACCUGCCAUUGGCUGCGCACCCUCUGCAACGAUCCUCAGCCAACGUUUGUGCGCCUCCGCCUCGCCCUAUAUGGUCCACAGCACGCAGCUCAAAUGGGAGGACAGCGCAAAUGGCAAUAACUCAGGAGCGUGCCGUAUAUGACACCACCCCUACGUGCAGCAUGUAUGCAGGCGCAGAGGGAAUCUUUUCACGUGCUGCAGCCAGAUCGCACAAGGAGCAUAUGAGGGCGAAUGAUCUUCGCCUCGCAAGAGCUCCCACACAGGAGAGGGGAGAAGGGCUGGGUCGCGCACAUUGUGCCGAUCUUUGCGCGGACUCCGCCUGCUUGAACACAACCACCGUGACUCUGUCCCGCCCCCAUCAAUCUAGUCUCACGCCCCCGCCGCAGUCGCACGUCAGUCCCCCGUCCUUGUGUCCAGCGCUCAGCGAGCAUUGCUGCCGGCCCAUACAUGCGCAACCUCCCUUCUGCUCAACACGGCCCUCCACACGCUGUCUGAAUACAACAACAGCUUUUUGCGCAGGCAUGGCGCUCAAGGAGUCUCCAACCAUGGACCACGUCCAUCUCACCAGAACUCCCGCCGCCUUUGACCCAGCGUGCUCGGUGUGA